UGGCGAGAGAGGAGCCUCCACCACACAUCACAUGGUGACUUGCAGGAGCAGCAGUCAGGUUGGAUGCAGUGGGUGCUCCGUGGGGAAAAUGCCCACCACAUCAUGAAGUGAUUCAUGACACAUGAAAAUGUGCUGCCACCUGAAAGUGGAGCUCAUUUUUUCCAGCUCCAGCUCUGCAUGAGGCUCACUGGUCGCCACAUCAGCGGGUUAACGGGGACCUCCGGAGCCAGCCCGCGUCCAGCGGGGUCUCUUCCUCUGCAGAGGCAGCAGGCACAGGGUCCUGGACGCUCUGCAGGAGCGGGGGGGUUAUUUCUGGGAGUCCUUCUGCGUGUGCCAGGAGCAAAGUGGGGAUUUUAGGAUUUGAUGAAUCCACCUGCCGCGGCUCGGGUUUUCAAACGGAACUUCAGGCGAAACUUUGCAAUGAUGUGAAGAUUUUAUCCAAGGAUGCGCCGACAUCACGGAGGAUUCAGUUGAACACGCGUUUUAGCAAUGUUUUUGAAAGCCCGACGAGCUGUGAACUUUAUUUUGUGGAUCUUUAACUUUGUAAUUUAUUGGACUUGGGUUGAAGCACAGAUGGGGUUCGACAGUCCUCUGUCUGCACAGGAGCAGAUGUUCAUCCUGUAUGAAGUCAAAAUGCGGUGCUAUCAGAACCUGUCCAGUAUGGAACCAACAACCACAGAUGAGGUGUGCCCUCCAGACUGGGACGGUCUUAUUUGUUGGCCUCAUGGCUCACCUGGGCAGAUUAUGAAGGUUCCCUGCCCAGCUUACAUCUAUGACUUCAAUCACAAAGGACACGCUUACAGGAGGUGUGAUGUCAACGGUUCCUGGGUCUUUGUGGAGCAAUGGAACAAAACGUGGACCAAUUAUUCAGAGUGUCUACGGUUCCUUCAGCCCCUCAGCGAUGAGGAAGCAAGACGAGACUUCUUUGAGCGGCUGUAUGUCAUGUACACCACCGGCUACGCUGUGUCCUUCAGCUCUCUGCUAGUGGCCAUCAUGAUCAUUGGAUACUUCCGGCGCCUUCACUGCACCAGAAACUACAUCCAUAUGCACUUGUUCGUUUCCUUCAUGUUGCGGGCUGUCAGCAUUUUUGUGAAGGACAAAGUUGUCUAUUCGAGUGCCGGAUUGCAAGACUUUGACUCGGCCCUGCUGGAUAACCUGAAAACAGUGAGCAUUUCAUCACUCGACAAGUCCCAGUAUGUAAGUAUCAAGUCUUGUGAAAAACAAAUGGCUGGACUUAGCCCCGCCUUCGAGGUGCAGCUCCACCUUGUGGCUGGAGUUUCCAAGCAGCUGAGAUCAGUUUCAAAGUUCACAUCUUGUUUUGUACUUUCAGGUGUUCCUGCUGUGUUUGUCGCAAUCUGGGCGAUCGUCAGGGCAACGCUGGCAGACGCAAGGUGCUGGGAGUUGAGUGCUGGUAACAUCAAAUGGAUUUACCAGGUUCCCAUCUUGACAGCAAUUGGGCUCAACUUUAUUUUGUUUGUGAACAUUGUGCGAGUGCUGGCCACCAAGAUUCGAGAGACAAACGCAGGGAGAUACGACACCAGGAAGCAGUACAGAAAAUUGGCAAAGUCCACCUUUGUGCUGGUGCUGGUGUUUGGCAUCCACUACAUCAUCUUCAUCGGACUGCCUCACACAUUCGAAGGACCAAGUUGGGAGAUUCGCAUGUAUUGUGAGCUAUUCUUCAACUCCUUUCAGGGCUUCUUUGUGUCCAUCAUCUAUUGCUAUUGCAACGGAGAGGUUCAGACAGAAAUAAAGAAAACGUGGACACGCUGGAACCUCUCCUUUGAGUGGGAGGGCCCGGUGGUCUGCGGUCGCUACCGUUACGGCUCCGUGGUCGUAGGUCUCAACAACAACAGCACCAGCAGUCAGUCCCACCUGGCCGGCGGAGGCCUUUCCACGCGCUCCACCACCCUCGCUUCGAGUCGAGCUUAUCGAAGCACGGGCGCGCCCUCCAUCAACGUGCAUGCCACCCUUCCGGGUUAUGUGAUGACAAACUCUGAUCCCUCCAUACCUGAAGAGCUGGAGGACAGCGGCCCCAAAAGAGUGGAUGAUAUCUCACUGAAGGAAAACCUGCCUGUACUGAAUAUAAGUGCAACUGCUGAGGAUGAGGAGGAAACGCUGUAGCUGGCAAAGAAUGCAAAAAGCGCCCGAUUAAAUUUUCUAUCGAUGGAACCGUGGGACUCAUUAUUUCCUUGUGUAAUUUAAGUUCUGACAAAGGUAGCUAACACAAACGACAACUAAAAACGAGGGAGCAUUGUGAACUCUACAUGGAUUAGUCGAUACUGAAGAAGUUCCAAUGCCCAACACGAUUCAUGAGUUUUUAUAUGGCUGAAAGGACUGAUCAAAAGCUUUUUUUUUAUUAUUCUAGAGAGAGACUCAACGAGACACUCCAAUCAAGUUUAUACCUGGAUUUAAAGAAAUCAUUGAACCCAAGCUGUGACUCUGGUGCAGGUGUUAAAAGCAAGCAUAUUCAUUUUAUACGUUUGACUCUUUAAUAUCCACCUGCAACAACUCAUGCUGCACUGGUAUGAAGGGCUUUUGGGGCUGUGAUAUUGCAUCUGUUAAAAAUAAUCUGGAUGAGAGGAUUGAGAUGACAAAAGAGCCCUUAUUUUUGUCAUGAAGGAAACUCCAUUUAUCCAACUGCCUCUGGAGGCCACUCAAUAGACGAGUCCUUAAAAAACGAGACGCAAGCUCCUGCAUACAAAUCCUGAAGUUAGAUACACUUAUCUAAAAAAAGUUGUGGAAGCUCCUUCCUUUUCUUGCUGCUAACUGGUGUGCACCUUUAAUUAGGAUCACAUCUGAAACUAAAUGUGAAGCUCCAAUCAGAAGAAGCACAGAUUAUUGUUUACAUAAAACAGGGUGUUCGUAAGAUGGCAGUGACGGCACAGGUAGCAUGACGGAUGUAAAAACAAGUUAUUGCUUGGAAUGUUGUAUUAAUGAAACUUUUGUUUUUACAAAGAAAAAAAAUUAUAUUUUAACCUCUAAAGAUUUAGUGUGUGCUAUAUUUCUCCAUUACCUCCAUUAACAGAGAAUAAAAUCUUAAAAUGUUUUGUGUUGGGUCCAGAUAAACUUCUCCAUGCAAUGUAUUUUAUGUUAUGUUUUACCCUAGUACACAUUUGAAUCACUCUGUUACCUACCUUGCUCUUUUGACUAUUGUAUAAAAUUAAGAGCGCUUUUCAGGAAGUGAAUUGGAUAUUUUAAAAGUCCUGCAUCUUUGAAGUACAUACUGUUGUUGAUGUGCCCCUGUUCUGAAAGGUGAAUGUUUGUUGGGAUAAAGUCUGUGAAAAUUGCAGUUUCUGCUGCACAAAUCAAAAUCAAAUCAAAUUUUAUUUGUAUAGCACAUUUCAGCAGCAAGGCAUUUCAAAGUGCUUUACAUAAUUAAAAUAAGGUCUUGGUAUGUUACUUUUGCUGUGAUGUCAUUGUCUGCUUUUAUUUACUUUUUCUUUCACAUACUGUUUAAUGGUCUUGGCGCAUUGGGGAAAUUCCAGUGCUCUUAUAGUCCCCAAAGAAGGUUGGAUAGUUGGAAAAAUAACUCGGGAAGUGAGAUACAGAUCAGUUUCACUUUCAGUUUCAAGCAUGCAGCAUGCUAAGGUGAGUGGAUCUUCACCAUUGCAGAUGGUAAAGUUUGGUUAAUUGAUGUUAUUAUUGGAUCAUUUGAGUCAAAGUUGUGUUGAUCGGUUUUAGUGCCUCAAAUGUGCAGAAUUACUACGUACAUGGAGAAAGGCAUGCUGUGUUCAUGCAGCUGAAUUUCUUAUGUCUAAAUUGAUUUGUUGCAGUCAGCUUGUGAUCAAAUUGUUUGUCCUACUGUGUUGAAGGGUAUUAAAAAACAAUAUUCCAUAUAGACUUGUUUUCCUGUGCCAUUAAAGUGAAAAGCAUAAAGGAGAAGUUAUGUGACAGGGGUUGGAAACAAUUUUUAAUAAAAAAAAAGGUUCCAAAGAUUAUUUAUUGGUUUUCAAGUUAUGGAAAAGUCACUCAUACCAAAGACAAAAGG